AUGGACAUGCCGGACUCCUCUUCGUCGGUACGCUUCUGGCUGCUCAAUGCGCUGGUGUGGGCACUCUACGCGGUCGCCGGCCUCGGGCUGCGGCAUGCCUAUCUGGCCGACGCCGGAAGCGCGGGCGUGCUGAUCACGGUCGGCCUGGCGGUCAGCCUGUUCGGCUGCAGCGGUGGCAUUCGUGCGCUGGCCCUGCGCGCCGGCUGGUGGUCGCGCGGUACGGCCGGGCUGUUGUUGCGGCUGGCAGUGUCGGUGGCGCUCGGCGCGGCGCUGGCGCAGGCACUGGUGAACAUGGCCUUGCACACGGCACUGGCUCUGGGAUGGGUGGAUGCCGGCCGCCAGGUGGCCGACUUCAGCCCCAAGGCACUGCUGCUCUACUGGUACACCACGGCGGUGAUGCUGGCGCUGUGGACCGCGCUCUGGGCAGGCCUGCACAGCCUGCGCCGGAUACGGGGUGCGGAGCUGGCCCGGCUGCGCGCGGAAGCCGAACGCAGCGCGCUGGAGCGCGAUGCACUGCGCGCGCGGCUCAAUCCGCAUUUCAUGUUCAAUGCGCUGAACAACCUGCGUGCGUUGAUCCUGGAAGAUCCCGAGCGCGCGCGCGACAUGGUCACCCGCCUGUCGCGCACCCUGCGCCAGGCGCUGGCACACAACCGCAGCGAGCAGGUCACGCUGGCCGAGGAACUGGCGGUGGUCGAUGACUACCUGGCCAUCGAGGCGAUCCACUUCGAACAGCGCCUGCAGGUGCGGCAGCAGAUUGAUGCCGAUGCCACGCAGGCACAGUUGCCGGCGAUGGCGCUGCAGCUGCUGGUGGAAAACGCGAUCAAGCACGGCAUCGCCAGCCGCCCCGGCGGUGGCGAAGUGCAGAUCCGUGCCACGUUGGACAACGAUGUGCUGCGCCUGCAGGUGGACAAUCCAUUGGGCAGCGCGAUCGAACCCACUCACGGGCAUGGUGUCGGCCUGGCCUAUCUGCGUGCGCAGCUCGGCCCUGCUGGAGAUUCCGCAAUGAGUGGCGUGCUGCGUGUGUUGAUCGUUGAUGAUGCACGGCUGGCGCGGCAGGAGCUGCGCACGCUGUUGUCGGCGUUGCCCUGGGUGCAGUGCGUGGGCGAGGCCGACGAUGUGCCCGCUGCGCGCGAGGCGAUUGCAACGCUGGCACCAGACCUGGUGCUGUUGGAUGUGCAGAUGCCCUCCGGCAGUGGCUUCGACGUGCUGGAGGGGCUGGAAUCCGUGCCGGCGGUGGUGUUCGUCACGGCCUUCGACGGCUAUGCGGUACGUGCCUUCCAGGCCAAUGCGCUGGACUAUCUGGUCAAGCCGGUGGAGGCGCCGCGGCUGUUGGAAGCGCUGCAGCGGGCGCGCCAGCGCGAGGUGGAGACGACUGAAGCGCCCGCGCUGCGUGGCACGCUGGGCGCGCAUGACCAGGUGUUCGUGCGCGAGGGCGAGCGCUGCUGGUUCGUGGCGGUCUCCGAGAUCCGGCGGCUGGUGGUGGACGGCAACUACACGCGGCUGUGGUUCCGCGACCAGAACGCGCUGCUGACCCGCAGCCUGAGCGCAUUGGAAGCACGCCUGCCGCAGGAGCUGUUCUUCCGCGCCAACCGCAACACGCUGGUCAAUCUGCGCCGUAUCCGCGCGGUGACGCCGAGCAUCGGCGAUGGCUACGACCUGGCGCUGGACGACGGCAGCGAAGUGGAAGUAUCUCGGCGGCAGGCACGCGAGCUGCGCGAGCGGAUGGCGUUGUAG